CGGCCGUUAUUUAUAGAGUACACUAAACCCAACGCCGGAGAAGAAAAGAAGAAUGGAGUUUUGCCUCCGUUACCUUCCAUUACAGUCCCACUUUAUCCCACGGUGUCAUUGUUUCGCCGGAAACAUUCCGUCGUCGACGGGAGACCAGCGUUAUCUCAGGUGUUCACCGCCUGGCUAUGCUCAUUUGCCUUUCAACUUCCGGACAGCCGCUUCUCUCGCUCGCAAUACCACAAAUGGAAGCAGUAGAAGACCUCUUUCUGGUGAAAGAUUUUCCGAAGGAGUUGGAGUUUCCGUACUGGAACUAGAAGAACACGAUAAGGACGAUCAAUUUGAAAUUCUCGCUGCUGGAGCUAACGAUUUGACUGACGGCACAGAGAACCAGGAGACAUCCUAUUCUGGAUAUUUGUCGUUGAGUGUAAAGCCGGACAGGAAUAUAGCUUUGCUUGAUGAUUAUGAGAUGGAAGAGCUGAAUUCUAUUCCGGACCCUAACCACAAAAGCGGAUUUGUGGCUGUUCUCGGUAAGCCUAAUGUUGGGAAAAGCACAUUGUCGAACCAAAUGAUAGGGCAGAAGCUCUCAAUUGUUACAGAUAAGCCUCAAACUACAAGACAUCGAAUUCUUGGUAUAUGCUCUGGCCAAGAUCACCAGAUGAUACUUUAUGACACACCUGGUGUAAUCGAGAAGAAGAUGCACAUGUUGGAUUCUAUGAUGAUGAAGAAUGUCCGCAGUGCUGCUAUCAAUGCAGACUGUGUCGUGGUUGUUGUUGAUGCAUGUAGAGUGCCAGAAAAGAUUGAUGACAUCUUAGAAGAGGGCGUCGGAGACCUCAAAUAUAAAGUGCCAACAUUGCUGGUACUGAAUAAGAAGGACAAGAUUAAACCUGGUGAAAUUGCACAAAGGCUUCAGUGGUAUGAGAAAUUUACAGGUGUUGAUGAGGUUAUACCAGUGAGUGCCAAAUAUGGUCAAGGGGUAGAUGAUGUCAAGGAUUGGAUAUUGUCAAAGUUACCUCUUGGGCCUGCUUAUUAUCCAAAGGAUAUCACAAGCGAGCAUCCAGAACGGUUUUUUGUAGCUGAAAUCGUUAGAGAAAAGAUAUUCAUGCAAUACAAGAAUGAAGUCCCAUAUGCAUGCCAGGUCAAUGUAAUAAACUACAAAAGUAGACCAGCUGCAAAGGAUUUCAUCCAAGUUGAAAUACUUGUGGAGAAAAACACACAAAAGAUCAUCGUCAUUGGGAAGGAGGGGAAGGCCUUGAAAUUGUUGGCAACAGCUGCUCGUCUUGAUAUUGAGGAUUUUUUGCAGAAGAAGGUGUUCUUGGAGAUUGAGGUGAAGGUAAAAGAGAAUUGGAGACAAGAUGAAGGGCUUCUAAAACUAUAUGGCUAUGGUGGUCAAAUCAAAGCACUAUAGACGGUAAAUUUUUUGUUUAAGCAUAAAAGGUAACAAUCAGAUCUCUCCUUUGCGAUUGAGUUAUGGGUUAAUGCAGAAACCAUAACUACUUGAAAGAUUAGCAAAAACCAAUAGUAAAUAGCAACACCAAGUUAGUUCUUUGAUCUUGUUAUCUAAUCCAUUGAGAAAAGCCCUAAAAUUUACGCGAGUUCAAUUGCCUAAAAGGAUGAGAUAAAUAGUGUUGUAUUAUGUAGCUUCUGGGCAUCAUGGUGUAUCCUUAGGGAUCGUGAGCACUCUUUAGAAACGACGUUUUGUAAUACAUUGAUUAGAUUUAAAUCUAUUUGAGAUGGUUGUGUAAAUGUGUUUAUUAUAUGAAUUUGAAUAAAUUGUUUUGUGUU